UUUAAUCUCUUCAAAUACGCCUGGUUCCUUCGUGACUUUUUCGCCAAUUGUACAUGGUCUCUGCCCGCUAAAUCGCUGCACGGAUGCCGCAAAGAUGUUCUGAGGGAAUGGGCUUUCGUCGAGGAUCAUGGUAUAGAAAAUGUACUUCUCAUUACCACUCUCUUCACAGUUCUCAUGUUCUUUUUGGUGAUCCUCUCAAAUACACUACCGCUACCCUGUGGUCUAUUUUUGCCGUUGUUCCUUGUUGGUGCUUCAUUGGGUCGUGUUGUCGGUGAGAUUCUCGCCAGGCUAUUCCCGGACGGAAUUGAAGGUGGUGCCGAGGAGCCAAUCUAUCCUGGAGUUUAUUCCGUUGUUGGUACGGCCAAUAUUUCAUAA